AGUAAAAAAAAAGUGUCUGUCGCGCAUGUUGUUUACAACAAUAAUCAAGCAGAUGUCGCUUUUUGAUGGCGGUGGUAAGUAAAGAAAAGCUGGUGCGGCAAUUUCGAAGGGUCGCAGUGUCGAGGUGCUUUUGAAAAUAAAUUUUGACACCCAAAACGUUCAGGUGAAAAAUAAUGGCAGAUAAUCAGCACAGUCGAUUUGAAAAAUCACUCGGCUUGUUGACAACGCGUUUCGUAACACUCCUGCAAAAAGCCAAGGAUGGAGUACUGGAUUUAAAAGCUGCGGAUAUUUUGGAGGUGCGACAAAAACGUCGAAUUUAUGAUAUAACGAAUGUUUUGGAGGGAAUUGGACUCAUUGAGAAAAAAAGUAAAAACAGUAUUCAAUGGAAAGGCGCUGGACCUGGUUGCAAUUCAAAGGAACUUGCGGAGAAACUCGCCGAUUUAAAGAACGAAAUAAAAUUAUUGGAGGAUCAUGAGAAAUUAUUGGAUAAACACACACAAUGGAUAAAACAAAGUAUUAAAAAUGUAGAAACAGAUUCAACGAAUAAAAGGUUUGGAUUCCUGUCGUACGAGGAUUUAAAGGAAAUUUACAACGACGAUGUCAUUCUAGCAAUUAAAGCACCAACGGAGACAAAGCUCAGCGUUCCAAAUCACUCAUCGUUGGAAGUGAACGAGAGUGUGAACGUGAAUUACGAAAUGUCGUUAAAAAGUUCGUCGGGCGAAAUAACAGUUCUAGUAAUUGAACCCGAAUUAGCCGAUCAUUAUGAGACUCAUCUUCUGGAAAUGAGACUUCAAGACAACGUGAAAUGCGAUAAUUACGGUAAAGACGAGUACGAGAUGGAGGAGCAUUUCAAGAAGGAGGACAUCAAACCGAAUAAAAGAAAAGCCGGAAGGCCGCCGAAAAUUCCAAAAGUUGAAAUUAUGUCGGACGAAGAGGACGACGACGAAAUGGAUAUCACGGACGCAAAAAUUAUAUUGCGGGACAUUAAUUUAACGGGUUUCAGCCAACAAGAUUACGAGAGCGACGAUUUCUUCUCAGAUGUUUGCGGACCAUUGGUGAGGUUGAGUCCACCGCCAGGAGAAACUGAUUAUCGUUUUAAUCUCGGAGAAAACGAGGGUCUUUGUGAUCUUUUCGACAUUGCCGCAAAAUAAGUACAAUUUAUUAUUAUUUUUU